GCUAUUUAAACACCUAUAAAUUUUAUUAAUUCAUCUUCAAUUGCUCAUUAGAUUUAAUUGAAUGUAACAGAUGAUGUUGAUUAAAUAUCAAUCAUUUUCAAUUAAUUUAAGAAUGUUGUUUAAUAAAUAGUCAAAAGAGUUGAUUUAUUAAAUAGAAAGAAUUUCAUUGCUUAAUUCAGAUUAGUAACUAAAUAUGAUACAGCUGAACCAGAAAAAGAAUUUGUUUAAAAUUAUAUGUAUGAAUAUUAUGUAGCAACUGCUUUUUAUCAUGCCAUGUUAAAUAGUUUGGCUAGUGAAACAUCAUCAAGAAUGAAUGCUAUGGAGAAUGCUUCUAAAAAUGCUGGUGAAAUGCUUGACAAAUUGACACUUGAAUACAAUAAGGUCAGAUAAGCUAAAAUCACAGUUGAGUUAUGUGAAAUCAUUUCAGGAGCUUCAGCUGUCUGAUAUAUUAUCAAAUCAUAUAGAACAAUUAU